AUACGCUGAGUGCCAGCCGCCGCUAUAAACAUAGAAGAAGAUGAAGUAGGAGAACACGCGUAGAAAAGGAAACGUAUGAUAAAGAAGACUGUCAUAAACAUGGUGGUAGUCAACUAAAAAUAGAUCAAUUAUGGAGAGGCCGGAGUUAAGUUUUACUUUGGCCUACAUCGUCUUCUGUCUGUGCUUCGUGUUUACGCCCAACGAGUUCCGUUCGGCCGGUUUGACCGUCCAGAACCUGUUUUCUUCCUGGCUGGGGCGCGAGGAUAUGGGCUUCGUCCAGUACCACAUCCGGAGAACCAGCGUCACCGUGCUAGUCCAUUCCGCACUGCCUUUAGGUUACUACAUGGGGAUGUGUAUUGCUGCCCCGGAGAUAAACCUGGGAUACAUUCAACAGGUGAGUGACAGCUGGAGAGCAUUUCUCCUCCUCUCACUCUGCCUCCAGUUGGCCAGCUGGAUGCUCAUUAUCUACUGGUCCCGCCAUCACUGGCGCAAUCAUCCAAUCAGCCAGACCCUGCAGGCCCAUAUACAGCCUCUUCACUCCGGCUGGGGCUCUGUGGCAGCCAGCAUCAACACUGAGUUCAGACGCAUAGAUAAGUUUGCUACAGGGGUGCCAGGAGCCAGAGUUAUCAUUACUGACAACUGGGUGUUAAGGGUGACUACCUAUCGUGUCUACAUGGCCUUACAGAGUGAAUGUCAUGUGACAGUGACAGAGUCUAGGCAGCACCAGCUGAGUCCAGACUCAGCCUCCCCUGCUCAGAUCUUGACCCUGAGAGUGGACAGCAUCAACCCUGCCGUGAGACCCUUUGAUAUCAGGCUUAACUCUACAGAGUAUGCAGAGCUCAGGGAGAAGCUCAAUGCUCCCAUUAGAAACUCUGCCAAUGUAGUGAUCCACCAAACGAUCAGUGAACUGUUCCUGGAAACAUUCAGAGUUCAGGUGGACCUCAAUCAACCGUACACAAUCCCCAGUGGACAGGAGAUAGAUCCCUGUAUCGGCUGUAUGCAGGUUCCAGCAAGCACCAAGUUGGUCAGACUCUGCCAAACAGAAGGAGCUGAUAACGACUCAGACUGCCAGCAGUGUUUUUGCAGACCCAUGUGGUGUCUUGCCUGUCUGGGUCGAUGGUUUGCCAGCCGCCAAGAUCAGCAAAGACCUGAGACCUGGUUGUCCAGCAGAGUCCCCUGCCCCACCUGUAGAGCCAAAUUCUGUAUACUGGAUGUCUGUGUGGUUCACUGACAAGACACAUGCACAGAUCCAAACUGACCUUCUCUUCUGAAAAUAUUGUGGAAGAUGGUUUUACGCAAAAAUCAGCAACAGACUUCUGGAAGAGAAGGAGUGGACAGGACUGGUCUGAGCUCAGCUAUGUACCUCCUUUCAAUAAGGAGUGAUCUUUAGAAUAAUAUAACACUAAGAAUUUGAUUCUGAGCUCAACUUAGUGUAAGGUGCAAUGAUCAGUGUAACAUUUUGGGAGAGAUGCUUGUUUGCCAUUUUACCCACAGUCAGAUAAGAGGAUGUAACUUACAUCUGUUCUUUCAAAAAAUGUUCUUAGUGAUAAUGUUUAACUUUAUGCAAAUGCAUAAUUUAUUUUAUAUUUUAAGUUCAUUUUCUCUGUAUAAUAUUUCCAGUAACACUUACCAUGUAAAAGUAUCUUCCAACCAUAUAAAUACGGUUUUAAAUACCUUGAAAUGGAAACAAAAGUAAAGCCAAAUGAUAGCAUGGAUGAAAAUCUUCUGCUGAUAGAUGAGGUACAUAAUAGAAAACAUACAGUAAAAGGGAAAUUUAGAAUUAUUCAAUUAAAGGAUGCACGGAAAGAGAUUGCAAACAGAAUCAGUUCCAGCCUUACUCUUCACAUUUACACCUCUAAGGAAAGUGGAAAAAUGGCUCAACAUUGUACCAAAAGUGCAUGUAGAGAUAAAAACCUACAAGAAAGCAAUAGCUGCAACUGGUGAGCUAAAACUACUCUUUUCUGAAGGAUGCGUAGAACAAAAUAUAACAUUGAUGAUGAUCAAUGUUAUCAAUACCAGUACAGUUAUUAGUGAGAGUAAGAAUAACAGCUAUAGCUCACUUAAAUUUGAGACUAGGAUUAUCAUUCACUUUUUAAAUCCAAACUGAUACUUUUAGCAGCUAGAUACGUAAAGGCCAGUUCCUGAAGUUUCCUCCCACAGAUCAACUGGAGACUCUAAAUUGUAAUGAAUUUCAAGAAUAAAAUGUGAACCUCUGAUUUUUAAAUUUAAUAGGAGGCUUUGAUGCACAGGAUAAAUGAGACUCUGUUAUGACAUUUCCUACAUAAACAGCAGAAUACUGGGUUAUAAUCAACCAGUCUGACAUCUGUAGAGGUGUGUGUGGUUAUUCUGUAGCAUCAUGGUGUCAUUUGCAUGUGAUUUAAUCAAAGUAAACACAUUGGACGAUGUGUGUAAUGUCACUGUGCUAUGAAGUAGCACUUCUUUGAUGAAAGGCUUAUGAUUUAUCAACAUAUACAUUAUGUGUCUGAUUUACUGACGUUCCUGCUUAAAACACAUUAAAUGUUUUUUCUUUCUGAUUUAAACUAAUCUGCUCGUUUGACAGUGUUUAAUUAAAAUAGCUUAUUUACUUAUUUACAUUAUUCUGUCAUUACUGCAUUUGCUGCUAUUAUUUAGUUUGAUCUUGUUGAUAAAGACACAUUUUGAACUAAAAUACCAACAACUCUCAACUGCUUCAUUUGAAUGAACCUCCUUCCGGUUCGUUCCUCUCCUCCACC